GCAGCGGGAGGAGGAAAAAGCGGCCGCGAUGUUCACGGCGGCGUCCAGAACUGCCGUAACUGGCAGCUGUGCGGAUGUCACGGAACUCAGUGGAGCUGCUUUAAGUCCCGAUGUCUCGGUGCUUCCGGUGCUGUAGUGCUCAUCCAGCCGCACGGUUCACCGAGGGACAAAAGCUCUGUCCGGAUCUGUGCACUCAGGCAGUGUCGUGGUGGGCACAGCGGGUGCCACAUCUCAGGGCUUUCCCGUGUUCACACAGCAGCGAUAAGGCCGCAGUGCUGGACGGCCACUGGUUUCCCCAGACCCAAAGUAGCUUCUGCCCCGUGCAGCGAGUUCCUGUUCAUCCACAUUUAACAAAGUUACCCAGCGUUUCCAUGGGCUGAUCCAUUGGGCAGCUGGAAGAAACCAAAGGCCCAGAAUGCUGUGUAAAGAGGCUCCUGUGGAAACAGGGGCCAGUUUGUUUUCCUGGCAGUGCCACGCUGAGUUGUUGGUGGGCACCGUGAGGAAGUGCUGCUCAUGGUGCAAACCUCCACAGCACCAGGGCUGGUAGGGCUGCUCAACCAAUGGACUCACUGAUGGAUUUACUGCUGCAGGACACAGCAGUGCAGAGCGGGGCUGCUUGGAGCUGGGAGGCAGUGGGGCAGGCUCAGAGCACCUUCCCAGCACAUGGCAGCUCCCUGUCUAUGCUGCUUCCCCUUAUCCUACUGAUGUGGCCAAACCUCCACAGCAGCGUGCUGGGCAAUGGUUCACACAACAGCUGGUAUCCCCAGCACUAUGGAGGAGGUCUCCAUGCUCUGCAGGAGAUGAGCUGCUGUCUCUGUAGCCUGUGCUUGUUGUCGCAUACAUUUUAUAUCACACCUGCUGUAUUCACGUACUGCACCUCCUGAGAGCUGGGGAGGUUUAUGAACGUUAAAUAUUUGAUGCAUCGUCAAAACGAGUAACUCAGGAUGAUCAGAGACUCAGUGGGCAAAUAUUCCUGACUGGAAAAUAGCCUUUCCCAAGGAGGAAUAUAUACCUCAGGUUUGUUUUCUUGCUCGUUCCCUUAGUCACAGAGUCUUGCUGUGCUACGAGGUGGCUAAAUGGUGGCAUUUUAAAUACAAUUUUAGCAGGUGGUUGAGCCUGGAGGAGUGUAAAGAUGUGGUGGGAGAGAAACACUUAAUUGUGAUGACUUACUAAGGAAAGUCAUAUUGCUGGGAUAAGAACAGACCUUCAUCAUAACAUCUGUAAGUGGUGUUCCAUUGGGUGUUGUGUCACUGGAAUGAGGGUGUGCUUCUCUAAACCUGACACGUCUGCUUUGGGACCCCCAAUGACAACCAAAAGGUGUUAAAUAGUCGUGAUCUGUUUGUUUGUGUUGAAGGUUGGGUGCUUUACUUUCAGUCAUGGAGCUCUGGAACUCUCCCAUUGCAAAUGACAUCUGCAUGUUUGCAGCAGAACAGAAGGGCACAGAGUUGGUUUUCUUUCCUGGAAGGGAGAAGGAAGUGUGAUGAGGUUUGUGUUCACAGCACACAGUUGUGUUGAUUCUGUUCCGGAUGUAGGGAUACACUGUAUUCUUCUCAAUAUCUUUCAUUUCCAGACUGAUUUCACUUGGUGAGCUUUGGUGUUGGAUAUGUGAUUGGAAUGCAGAGACCUCUCUUUGUUCCUCUGGGCAAUGGGAGGCUUAGAGAACAUCAUGUCCCCGUGUUGCAUCUUUUCAGUGUGAAAAUGCACAUCCUGAGGUGUGUUUUGGGAAGAUCCCUCAUCAUCGUCUUAAUGGUUUUAAGACUGGACUUUGACAUUCUUUUCAUGACAGAGGUUUCCAAGUAGUUGUCUUGCUAUAACUUUGAGAAGAAGUUCUAUGUAGCUCUUUCGAGAGUGCUGCAAAAAUGAUUACUUCAGAUUUGCCAGUACUACAGGAUUCUACAAAUGAAACUACUGCACAUUCAGAUGCUGGCAGUGAGCUUGAAGAAACAGAAGUCAAAGGAAAAAGAAAAAGGGGCCGUCCUGGCAGGCCUCCAGUUUUCUUUGCCCAGUCUGCCACUAAGAAACCUCGGAAGUCUCCAGGAGACAAAGGUCGAUCUGAGUCUGGAGCUAGAGGAGCAAGUCGUGGAAGAGCUAAUGGCCACCCUCAGCAGAAUGGAGAAGGGGACCCUGUCACUUUGUUUGAAGUGGUUAAACUGGGAAAGAGUGCUAUGCAGUCCGUGGUGGACGACUGGAUUGAAUCAUAUAAACAAGACAGGGACAUAGCACUUCUGGAUUUAAUCAACUUCUUUAUCCAGUGUUCAGGAUGUCGAGGUACUGUAAGAAUUGAAAUGUUCAGGAACAUGCAAAAUGCAGAAAUAAUAAGGAAAAUGACAGAAGAAUUUGAUGAGGACAGUGGUGAUUACCCCCUUACCAUGCCUGGGCCACAGUGGAAGAAGUUUCGAUCCAACUUUUGUGAGUUCAUUGGAGUGCUCAUUCGACAGUGUCAAUAUAGCAUCAUCUAUGAUGAGUACAUGAUGGACACGGUCAUCUCUCUUCUGACUGGUUUGUCAGAUUCCCAGGUCCGGGCUUUCAGGCACACCAGUACAUUAGCUGCUAUGAAGCUUAUGACUGCUCUUGUGAAUGUUGCCUUAAACCUGAGCAUUCAUCAGGAUAAUACACAGAGGCAGUACGAAGCUGAGAGAAACAAAAUGAUUGGCAAGAGAGCUAAUGAAAGACUGGAGCUGCUGCUUCAAAAAAGAAAAGAGCUACAAGAAAAUCAAGAUGAAAUCGAAAAUAUGAUGAACUCUAUUUUUAAGGGCAUAUUUGUUCAUAGAUACCGUGAUGCUAUUGCUGAGAUUAGAGCUGUCUGUAUUGAAGAAAUUGGUGUCUGGAUGAAAAUGUACAGUGAUGCCUUCCUGAAUGAUAGUUAUUUAAAAUAUGUUGGUUGGACACUACAUGACAGGCAAGGUGAAGUGAGGUUGAAGUGUUUGAAAGCUCUCCAAAGUCUGUAUACCAACAGAGAGUUAUUUCCAAAACUGGAGCUGUUCACUAAUAGAUUCAAGGAUCGCAUUGUAUCAAUGACACUUGACAAGGAAUAUGAUGUAGCUGUGGAAGCCAUUCGAUUAGUCACACUAAUACUUCAUGGCAGUGAAGAAGCUCUGUCAAAUGAAGACUGUGAGAAUGUUUAUCACUUAGUGUAUUCGGCACACCGGCCUGUUGCAGUAGCAGCUGGAGAAUUCCUUCACAAAAAACUGUUCAGCAGACAUGAUCCCCAAGCUGAAGAGGCUCUAGCAAAGAGGAGAGGACGAAAUAGUCCAAAUGGAAACCUCAUUAGAAUGUUGGUUCUUUUCUUUCUUGAAAGUGAGUUGCAUGAACAUGCAGCCUAUUUGGUGGACAGUUUGUGGGAGAGCUCUCAAGAACUGUUGAAAGACUGGGAAUGCAUGACAGAAUUGCUCUUGGAGGAGCCAGUCCAAGGAGAAGAAGCCAUGUCUGACCGUCAGGAGAGCGCUCUGAUAGAGCUGAUGGUGUGUACAAUCAGACAAGCUGCUGAAGCACACCCUCCAGUUGGCAGGGGCACUGGCAAAAGAGUCUUGACAGCAAAAGAAAGGAAAACGCAGAUAGAUGACAGAAAUAAAUUGACUGAGCAUUUCAUUAUUGCACUUCCUAUGUUGCUAUCAAAGUAUUCCGCUGAUGCAGAGAAGGUUGCAAAUCUCCUGCAAAUCCCUCAGUAUUUUGAUCUGGAAAUCUAUAGCACUGGCAGAAUGGAAAAGCAUCUGGAUGCCUUACUGAAACAAAUUAAGUUUGUUGUGGAAAAGCACGUGGAAUCGGAUGUUCUCGAAGCCUGCAGCAAAACCUACAGCAUACUCUGUAGUGAAGAAUAUACAAUCCAGAACAGAGUUGACAUAGCGCACAGCCAACUUAUUGAUGAGUUUGUGGAUCGGUUCAACCAUUCUGUAGAGGAUCUGCUGCAGGAGGGAGAAGAAGCUGAUGAUGAUGACAUAUACAACGUGCUCUCCACUUUGAAGAGAUUAACCUCUUUUCACAAUGCUCAUGAUCUCACGAAAUGGGAUUUGUUCAGUAACUGCUACAGAUUACUACGAACUGGAAUUGAACACGGAGCUAUGCCAGAACAGAUAGUUGUUCAGGCACUGCAGUGUUCGCAUUACUCUAUUCUCUGGCAGCUGGUGAAAAUCACUGAGGGUUCCCCUUCCAAAGAGGACUUGCUGGUAUUGAGGAAAACUGUGAAAUCCUUUCUAGCUGUCUGCCAGCAGUGUCUAUCAAACGUCAACACCCCAGUUAAGGAGCAGGCCUUCAUGCUGCUCUGUGAUCUCUUGAUGAUUUUUAGCCACCAGCUGAUGACUGGGGGUCGUGAAGGUCUUCAGCCAUUGGUGUUUAAUCCAGACUCAGGCCUUCAGUCAGAACUUCUCAGUUUUGUGAUGGACCAUGUCUUCAUUGACCAAGAUGAUGAAAACCAGAGCAUGGAGGGAGAUGAAGAAGACGAAGCGAACAAAAUAGAAGCUUUACAUAAGAGAAGAAACCUUCUGGCUGCCUUUAGCAAGCUGAUAAUUUAUGACAUUGUGGACAUGCACGCAGCUGCUGAUAUCUUCAAACACUAUAUGAAGUACUACAAUGACUAUGGGGAUAUCAUUAAGGAAACCCUGAGCAAAACAAGGCAAAUUGAUAAAAUCCAGUGUGCAAAGACACUCAUUCUCAGUUUGCAACAGCUGUUCAAUGAACUUGUUCAGGAGCAAGGUCCUAAUCUGGACAGGACAUCUGCCCACGUUAGUGGAAUUAAGGAACUGGCUCGUCGGUUUGCCCUCACUUUUGGCUUGGAUCAGAUCAAGACAAGGGAGGCUGUGGCCACACUACACAAGGAUGGAAUAGAGUUUGCCUUCAAAUAUCAGAAUCAAAAGGGACAAGACUAUCCACCUCCUAACCUUGCUUUCCUGGAAGUGCUUAGUGAAUUUUCUUCUAAACUCCUGCGGCAGGACAAAAAGACUGUUCACACCUACUUAGAAAAGUUUCUGACAGAGCAGAUGAUGGAGAGAAGAGAAGACGUGUGGCUCCCACUGAUUUCUUAUAGGAACUCACUAGUUACAGGCGGCGAAGAUGACAGGAUGUCUGUUAACAGUGGGAGCAGCAGCAGCAAAACCUCUUCGGUCAGAAAUAAGAAAGGACGGCCACCGCUACACAAAAAGAGAGUAGAAGAUGAGAGUCUGGAAGGUUCUUGGCUGAACAGGAAUGAGAACAUCCAUACUCCAGGAGCACUGCAGCCACCACAGCUCACCUCAACUGUCUUGAGAGAGAACACCAGACAAAUGGGGGAGCAGAUCCAGGAGCACGAGUCGGAGCAGGGAUCUGAACAAGAUUUUUUACACAAUCCCCAGAUGCAGAUAUCGUGGUUGGGCCAACAGAAGCUAGAAGAUUUAAAUCGAAAGGACAGGACAGGAAUGAACUACAUGAAAGGAAGGACUGGCGUAAGGCACGCAGUACGCGGUCUAAUGGAAGAUGACGCUGAACCCAUCUUCGAAGAUGUAAUGAUGUCCUCACGAGGUCAGCUAGAGGAUAUGAAUGAAGAAUUUGAGGACACAAUGGUCAUUGAUCUGCCACCUUCAAGAAACCGACGAGAACGGGCUGAGCUGAGGCCAGACUUCUUUGACUCCGCAGCUAUCAUUGAGGAUGAUUCAGGAUUUGGAAUGCCAAUGUUCUGAAGUCUGCUGAAGACAUUUUACAAAUUUGGAACUCUAUUGUUUAGAGCUAGAGGCCUAUAUACUGUGAUAGCUUGUAUGAAAACCACAUUUUUGAUGUGAUACGGUUUGAUUUUUAACCAAAUGAUUAAGGUCAAUCCCUUUUUGUAGUGACAGAAAGAAGAGGAGCUUCUUAAUGACACAAAGGAAUGUUGGCCAACCCCGUCACCUCAGAAAGGCUGACCUAGAAAAUCAUUUGUAUCCCUUGUUCUUGACUGUCCUAAUACAGAGUUGGUUUUUUUUCCUGGAUGAGGAGGAAGUUUUAAAUUGUUAAGACAGCUGUCAAAAUAAAACACUGUUCUACGGAUGUUUUCUGAAAACAUGGAGCGAUAACAGAACUUUUUAACUUUAUUUUUCUGCUGUACAAUUUAAAACGGUUUUAACAUUUGCCUUUUUAUGUUUUAAAAGCUAGCCAUUUUUAUUAAACCUAUGCCUAUCAGCCAUUGACUAGCAAUGAUGCUACAAGCAGGUCGUUCUGGCUACGGAAAAGUGUUUUUGAACACACUGGAUUUGAUUAACAUUGUGGUACGCUUAUAUCCUCUCGUAGGCAUUGAGAAGAGGUUAGAAUUCUAAUGACGUGCAUCUCUGCCAAAAAAAAAAACCCAGAUUCUGAUAUGAUAAACCCAGAUUUUAUACUCUUGAGAAGAUUUAUUUUUAUUUAUAACGGGACAUGACGUGAGAGAUGUCCAUGAAGCCACUUUUCCAACAGACGCUGUGUAACAUUCAUUUUAUAUAGCACACGGGGACACAAAAGCAGUAAGUUUUCUAUUGGUACUUGCUCUGUGCAUUUUUAGCAACUUAUACCAGCAAAUAAAGUAUUCUCAGUAAAACACACAAAUGGUUCUCAAGUAAUCACUGUGCUGUUUUUACUACCUACUUCAAGCCCUGCCAACCCGAGGUACAUAAACAGCAACUUUCCUAUUUAAAGAAACAAUAAUUCAAGGGUGGGGGAAAGGAAUUGCUUGAGCAUCCUAGAGGCAGUUUUACCUGUAGCACACAGAAAUCUUCUUUCCAUGCCAUAAACACCCUUCUGCGCUAUUUUUGUAAAUUAAUUUUGCCAGGUAGAAGUACUGUAUGUGCUGCAUAGAAAUUCGUGCUUAGAUGGUGAAGUUCUUAAGCUUACAAUGGAAUACAGCUACAUUUUCAGUGUUAACUGUGCAUAUUAAGAGUAAUUAUUUGGGGAAAGAAAUGCGAUUUUUCAAAAAAGCAAAAAACAUUUAAAAAAAAAAACAACAAAACCCAAACAGCCAAACCCCGAGCAGCCUCAGUUAAGUUCAUUGUGAUAAGAGAUUUUUCUUCAAUAAGUUGGAAUAUUGUUAUGCUUGGGUUUGAUGCCUCUACCUGGCAGCUGCUGAGUUACAGCAGGCCAGACACAGCCUGUGCUGAGCAGGCCCUGGGCAUCAGCCCCAAUCACUAACCUUCCUUUCUGCAGUCAAGAUACCAAGCAGGCUGACCCACCUGGAGCACAGCAGUUUCAGAGGUGCUUAUUGGUUUUUAUUUUUAAGCAACAGGAACUAAUGGUGGAACUUUGCUUUUUUGUUUUUCUUUUUGUUUUUAAAUAAGAUCUUAAACAAAAAACAAUGUCACUACCCAGUGCUCGCUUAUGUGCUGGGAGGGGGAAGAACAUCUAAAAAGAACCGACCAGCAUUUCACACAGCUGAGGUUUGUUUUUAACGUGUGCAGUUCUCAAACUGAAACGGUUGCCAAAAAUGUUGGACUGGGAGAUUGGGCCAUUCCUCUGCUGUCUGUUGGGUAACACCAAACAGGGGAAGGGGCUGCAGCUCCCCAGAAUAAUGACACCACCUCCCUUCCUCUUCUGUCCAUGCCCGUGGUGCUGGGUGGGCUGGGAUGGCUGCGUUUAAUGGUCAUCGCGGUCAUUCUGCGAGCAUAGAGGCACAAUAAUCGCUGCCUGGUUGGAGUCAGAGCCUCAGACAAACCUUGUGCUUCACAGUCCUCUGUGUGGAAAACUGAUUCCUAAUUUAACAUUGUAGAAUACUGUAUAACAAACAUUUAUGAUCACGGUACCUGCAAUGGGUUUCCAGUUCAGUUUGCAGUCAAUAGGUUUUUGUAUUAUGAGUGUCUCCUUGAUUGGUUUUGCUAGUAAUUCUGUAAAUUGUACAUUUACAAUAUGAGGUUUUUUUUUUUCCUUUUGUACAAUUUAAAACUGAUGCUUCACCUUUCAUUUAAUAAACUAUUCAAAAUCAUGA